ACGGUGCUGUGGGGAGCAACCCCCACCCAGGGGUUCAUUCGCGCGACCACCAGCAACAAGAUCACCAUGGACUUUGCGGACCUGCCGGCUCUCUUUGGGUCUUCCUUGAAAGCGGAAGGACUUAGGGGGUUUCUUGUGGAGGCUCAACCGGUCAACGCCUGCAGUGCCAUCAGCCCACCACCCCCACCGUUUUCGGGGGACAGGGAGUCCGUCUUUAUUGCCUUGCUUCGGAGAUUUGACUGCAACUUUGACCUUAAGGUCCUGAACGCGCAGAACGCUGGGUACGGUGCGGCGGUGGUGUACAAUGUUAAUUCCGACGAACUUCUGAAUAUGGUGUGGAACAGUAAGGAAAUUCAGGAACAGAUCUUCAUCCCCUCCGUUUUUAUUGGAGAGAGGAGUUCCAAGUACCUUCGUGCCUUCUUCCUUUACACACAGGGGGCCCACGUGCUUCUGGCCCCAAAUGAUAUCUUCCAUUUGGUCUUUUACCUUGUCAUAUUUACAGGCUCUUUUUCACUGCUGAUUUUGUCUAUGGCAGUAUUUACUAUGGUAGUAAAUUAUGCCCAGGAAAGGGCCCAGGUCCAGAGAAAUCGACUCACCCAAAGGGAACUGGAGCAGAUUCCUACACACAUCUACCAGAAAGGAGACCACUAUGAGGUCUGUGCUAUCUGCCUGGAGGAAUAUAAGGAUGGGGACAAGCUGAGGAUUCUUCCCUGUGCUCAUGCCUAUCACAGUCACUGUGUGGACCCUUGGCUCACUAAGACCCAGAAGACCUGCCCCAUUUGCAAGAAGAGUGUUAAUAAGGCAACUGUGGAGGAACAGGAUGAAGAAAAUCAGGAGCAACAGGCUGAUGAAAGGGAGCCACCAACGAGCCAUCCUGCCUCAGAAUGGACCCCACUUCUGGACUCUGGUGCCACACUUCCCAAAUCCUUUGGCUCCUUAGCUCCAGCUCCUAAUAUUUCCCUAGGGUCUUCGUCAUAUCUUCCACCUUCUCCUUCCCCCUCUUCUUCAGUAGACACCAUCUUUUAA